CCACGUGAACGACGUAUGCGCUUCCUGUUCCUCUCGGGAGAAAAUAAAAAACUUUGGCGUUUCGAUGGAUUAGGUGUUGUUAUCAUUGUUUCCUUAAUAAAAACAAAAUGACACGAAUACUGCGCGGUUUAUUUCAAACUCUCCUCCUCCUCGGGUUUGUUUCGGGAAUUCGCCACUUCCGGACUUUGGAUCAUUUGCGGGCGAAAGCCAGCGACGAAACGCAAAGCAGAGCCGUACGCGAGCUACUGGGGAGACUGUUGGGGGAAACCUCGCGAGAUUUCGUCGUGUCCGUGAACAGUUCGCUGUCCACUCGUGGUCUGGAUGUGUGCGAGCUCCGUUCAGGGAGAAACGGCAAGGUUGUGGCGGUGGGAAGUAGCGGCGUGGCAGCAGCCGCCGGCGUUUAUAACUACCUGAAGUACUACUGCAACUGCCAUGUGUCCUGGUCUGGUGAUCAGUUGCGCGUGCCCCGACCUUUACCCCACAUCACGGGCGUUCUGCGAAUCAGCACGCAGCACAGAUUCAGGUACUACCAGAAUGUGUGCACUCAGAGCUACUCGACCGUGUGGUGGGACUGGCCACGAUGGCAGCGAGAGAUCGACUGGAUGGCACUGAAUGGCAUCAAUCUGCCCCUGGCAUUCACCGGGCAGGAGGCGCUGUGGCAGGAGGUUUACAAGUCUCUGGGUCUAAAUCAGACGGAGAUUGAUGACUUCUUUACGGGUCCAGCGUUCCUUGCGUGGAAUCGGAUGGGGAAUAUUUUUGGGUGGGGAGGCCCGCUGCCUCAGUCCUGGCACACCAAACAGCUCUCUCUGCAGGUUAAAAUCUUGGAGCAGAUGAGAUCAUUGGGAAUGAUUCCUGUUCUGCCCGCUUUCUCAGGGAUCGUGCCUCGUGGAAUCAUGCGCUUGUUUCCCAAAGCCAAUGUGACCAAGCUGGUGCCGUGGAGCCAUUUUAACUGCACAUAUUCCUGUGCGUACGUGCUGGACCCACGUGACCCGCUGUUCCUGCGUGUCGGCUCUCUGUUCCUGUCGCAGGUGCUUAAAGAGUUCGGGACGGACCACAUCUACAACACGGACACCUUUAACGAAAUGACACCUGCCUCCUCUGACCCAGCCUAUCUGACCUCGAUUAGUAGCGCAGUGUUCACCACGAUGAUCACAGUGGACCCACAGGCCAUUUGGCUGAUGCAGGGCUGGUUAUUCAUCAGCAGCCCCGAGUUCUGGAAACCUCCACAGAUCCAGGCACUCCUCUACGGCGUACCACGGGGACGUAUGAUCGUCCUAGACCUCUUUGCCGAGUCCAUGCCUGCUUUUAACUUCACCCAGUCCUUCUAUGGCCAGCCCUUUAUCUGGUGCAUGCUUCACAACUUCGGCGGCAACAGUGGCCUGUUUGGUGCGGUGGAGCGUGUUAACUCGGGUCCUUUCGAAGCUCAGAAGUUCCCUGGUUCCACUCUGGUGGGCUUGGGCAUUGUGCCCGAGGGCAUCGAGCAAAACCCAGCCAUCUACGAGCUGAUGGCUGAGCUGGCAUGGCGCGAAGAAGCAGUCAAUUUGACCAAGUGGGCAACGCUGUACGCCUGGCGCCGCUAUGGCACCACUAACGAGAGCCUGGCACUUGCCUGGCGCCUGCUGUUUGGGAGUGUGUACAAUUGUACCAUUCCUGGGUACAAGAACCACAACCGGAGUCCUCUGGUUCACCGACCAUCUCUGAAGAUGCAGACUGACAUUUGGUACAGUCCGGGAGACGUCUACGAGGCCUGGAAGCUGCUGUUGGGAGCGGCACCUUCGCUGAUUUCUGUCGAUACGUUCCGUUAUGAUCUGGUGGACGUGACGCGUCAGGCUGUUCAGCUCCUGACAACGCAGUUCUACGAGGAAAUACGAGAUGCAUUCCUGGCCCAGAAGCUUCCAGAACUCCUGACUGCUGGAGGUGUAUUAGUUUACGGUCUCUUACCUGACCUGGACCACCUUCUUUCCAGUGACACACACUUCCUGUUGGGGGCGUGGCUUGAGCAAGCACGUUCACUGGGACUGGAUGAGCAGGAGGCGGAGCUGUACGAGCUGAACGCCCGGAACCAGAUCACACUGUGGGGACCCGACGGCAACAUCCUCGACUAUGCUAGCAAAGAGUGGGCGGGGUUAAUGGAGGAUUACUACACGCAGCGCUGGACGUUCUUCAUCAGCACUCUCGUGGACUGUUUGAACCGCGGCCAACCUUUCAAUCAGGCUGUUUUCAACAAGGCUGUGUUCCAAAUCGAGAAAGGCUUCGUCUUCAACCGGAAGAGGUACCCCUCCAAACCGAGUGGGGAUACGUACAACAUCGCUUGGAGGAUAUUUCUCAGAUACUACCCACACGUUCUGAAGAGAAACGAUACCAGACGGAGUCUUGGCGAAAGGCGCGUGAGCUCUAAUCAGACUGCAGCCUGCAAGAUCCUGAAGCUUGUGGACAGGAAAGUGUACAAAAGAGAACAGACACUGCAUCUCAUGGCCAGAGCUUCUGAGAAUGAGAAUAUAAUUUGGUAAAGAUGUUUACAAUACCACAUUUAGUGACCGGUUAGAAAGCUGAUUUAUUUCAAUAUUGUUACCUUUUGCAGUACCUUACUCAAUUAACUGAUGUACUGCAUAACUGAAACACUAAACUGUAAUUAUGGGAGCUUGGUGUUUGUCUGAAAUUUUAUAUGAAGAGGCUAGCGAUGAAAAACUAUUUUUGCACCACGAUUAAUAAAAUCCAAUCUUUUCUUAUUGAAAA